AUGAACCCAUCCAAUGUCCCAGCAAAUGUUCCAGAAGCCAACCACAUAGCCAACACCCUUGCCCAUGAAUGGAAGGAAGCAGAAUCUGCCCUGAGGAUGACAAAGGAGAAAAUGGCAGGAACCAGGGAUCCCAAGCAUCUAGGCCCCUUCAAAAUCAUUGAGAAAAUCUCCAGUCAUGUGUACUGCCUAGAACUCCUGGAAACCCUGAAAAUCCACAACGUCUUCUACAUAGGAUUGCUUUCCAAAAGCCAUGAAUCACCAAGCCGGCCAUUCCCAGACUGA